CCACCGUUUCUGCAAUGGCCAAAACGUUCUUCGCAUCAAUCUUUGCCUUGAUUUUUCUCCAGCAUUCUUUUUGUGGAGAACAGUCCGGAGAAAGAGCUCCGAAUUCGGUUUCUGAUGAUAUCGCAGAGGGCUAUCCAACAGGAUGUCAAGUUUACAAACACAGGAGAUUUCUUCAAUGCCGUAACGCAGGAAUAGAUACAAUUCCUGAAGUGAAAGAAAGCUGGCAAGUUGUAAAUGUAGAUCUCUCCGGAAACAACAUUUCAAGUGUUCAAUUUGGUAAUGGCUACAGAAGUGUUCAAUCCAUAAAUUUGGAGCGAAACAAUAUCACAACUCUUUCUGAAGAAUCAAUCCAGGAACUAGAACACAUUCAUUACUUGUCUAUCGGAGGAAACCCUUUCCACUGCGACUGCAACAUGGAAUGGCUUCGAGAGCGCCUUCUUGGCUCAAAAAAUCACUUCCCUCUUGUUAGACAUGUCCAAGAUAUCAAAUGCAUCUCGCCGUCCAGUUUGCAAGGAAGAACACUGAUUACUAUUUCCAAGGAGUUCUUAUGCAGUAAGGGCCCUACAGUGGAGGAUAAACUCUUGAGACAAAUGACUCCAGAUCCCGGCUCAGACGAGGUACAGAAACCGGUCAAUUCCACUGCAAAUGCUGCUCAAAUAGAAGCAAAACACCAAGCCUUUGAAAAGGGACGUGUGGCUGAAAUCGUUGGAGUCACUCUCGCUUUUGCAGCAGUUAUAGUUGUCAUGUCUGUGGCUUUUAUUGCCAUGUGAUGUCUAGUAUUUUUUGGACCCCUCGAUUAGCUCCGGUCACAUUUUUUAAAACCAUCUCUAAUCGCUCUAUCUUAACUGAAAAACCCUGCGAUGAGUUGAAAAUAAACUUUUAUUUUCUCAACAUGUUAAAUGAUGUUUAACCAUAGCUACCUCGUUGGAUAUCGCGCUUUUGAUUUAGACUUUUUUAAUUUAUCAAUUUGACAGGUUCAGAGUUUCUCAAUAAGAAAAUCAACAUCAACAGGUAAAAUCCCGGUACUUCGAUCUUUUUUAUAUAUAUGAAUAUAUUUUUAACUUUGCUUUCGUCUGAUUGUUUGUUUGUUUGUUUGAGUCAGUCAUAAUAUGGCUGGCGCCAAAGAAAAUGACCCUUACAAUAUUUUGUUUCUAAUUAAGGCAUUCAUUCAUGUAACUUUGCAGAGUCAUUUGAAACUUUGCGGAGCCCGGGUACGAAAUCCUCUCUUAGAUACAAACGUGAUACUUUACAUAGAGACAAGAACUUUCAUCCACUAUCAAGAAUUGUUUUAUUCAAUAAACCUUCUCAUCUUUUAAGGGGUAAUUAGAGCCCUAAUGAGACCUCGAGAUCUACCUUUAACUUGACGUACAUUUUGCGCAUUGCUCGCUUUCCCUAGCAUCUGCCACCAAAUUGUCUCGAACGAUGCAGAACUUUCGAACAUAAUGUAAGAAAGCUGCUUUUUCUUUUAAAGUUGUCGCUAUUCUAGACCCAUUAAAGGAAAGCAUUCGUUCAACUUCUCAAUUUCGUACGACAUGUCCGGGGCAAAACAUCUACUUGGUAUAAAAUUAUUGAUCAAAAAAUGCGCAAGAAAGCACUAGCGAGAGGUGACAUAAAUAAGCGAUUACAGACGCGAGACAAGUCACGUGGUCAGCAAUUGUCUCGCUCGCAACAUAUUUUGGAUAAUUUCUGAGAGCGUCAAGUAAAUCUGCAGUUCAAAAUAUGUGAAAGAAAGCAGCAUUGGUAAAAAACCCCUCAAAUAAACUGUAAUCAGUUAUAUUCUC